UAUCCUCUUCAAGCACAACAACGCCGAGCUUUUACCUUAGCAUUCGACCCUCACUAUGUCGUCUAUUUACCGUUUUGCCAUCCCCUUUGCCCUUCUCUUCUCACUUUGCUGUACCAUCGAGCCCGCAGUGGGCAGUGCCAGGAAGCUUACGGCUCUGGUGCAGGAACAGCCGCUCGUGCUGAAAUAUCACAACGGUGUUCUCCUGAAGGGCAACAUCACCGUUAAUCUGAUCUGGUACGGCCAGUUCACCCCGAUCCAACGGUCCAUUAUCGUGGACUUCAUCCAGUCGCUCAACUCACCGGGGGCAUCACUUCCCUCCGCGUCCUCGUGGUGGAAAACCACUGAGAAGUACAAAGGGGGCUCGUCCACCCUCGUCGUAGGGAAGCAAAUCCUCCACGAGGCCUAUACUCUCGGGAAGUCGCUCAAAACCGCGCACUUGGUCGCUCUGUCCAACAAGGUCAACCAGUUGGGUGCGAUCAAUGUUGUUUUGACGGCCAAGGAUGUCGCCGUCGAUGGGUUUUGCAUGAAUCGGUGUGGGUCACACGGGUCGACUCGGGUGCGUAACGGGAAUGCCCGGGCCGCGUAUGUGUGGGUCGGAAACUCUGAGACUCAGUGCCCGGGUUACUGCGCGUGGCCCUUUCACCAGCCCAUUUAUGGCCCACAGACCCCGCCCUUGGUCUCGCCCAACGGAGACGUCGGAGUUGACGGCAUGAUCAUAAACUUGGCCACAGUUUUGGCUGGCACCGUUACCAACCCGUUUAACAACGGUUACUUCCAGGGCCCGGCUACGGCGCCAUUGGAGGCUGUCUCAGCUUGCACGGGUGUUUUCGGGUCGGGUGCGUAUCCGGGUGACCCUGGUCGGGUCCUGGUGGAUAAGAGCACCGGGGCGAGCUUCAACGCCCACGGGGUGAAUGGGCGCAAGUACCUCUUGCCAGCGAUGUGGGACCCGCAGACAUCUGCUUGCAAAACUCUCGUGUGAACGACGACGAGGCAUCAUAUGUGUCGGAAAUAUGUGUACGCAUGUAAAUACUGAUGUGGCGGGUUCUGUGGGAUGAUAGGGUUGAUAUUUUCUUUGACACUCUUUAAGUUUGUCGUUUUGCGUACGUGUAAAUUUUCUUUUAAGAAAGCGCAAAAACUGUGGAAAUGCGAAAUAAUAAUAAAUACUUUUAUAAAAUCUUAAUGGAGUUGAAACACA